CGCACAGGGUCCUCGUCCAUCCUCCACCCCGAGCCGCCGUACCUCCCUCAAAUCGCGACCCUCUCUGCUCUCGCCGAGACGUGCGUGUCGCUGCGCGCUCUCGGCCACCGCGUCGUCAUCGUCUCGUCCGGCGCCAUCGGCAUGGGCCUCCACCGCAUGGAGAUGCCUGCGCUCGCCGGCGGCAAGAAGCGCGCCAUCGGCGAGAAGCAGGCCCUCGCCGCCAUCGGCCAGGGCAGGCUCAUCGCCCUGUGGGACCAGAUCUUUGGCGCCCUCAAGCAGCCCAUCGCCCAGAUCCUCAUGACCCGCAACGACAUUGCCGAUCGCUCUCGGUACCUCAACGCGACGACGACCCUGUCGACCUUGCUCGGCAUGGGCGUCAUCCCCAUCAUCAACGAGAACGACACGAUCUCGGUGUCCGAGAUCCUCCACGUCAACAAGUUUGGCGACAACGACACGCUGUCGGCCAUCGCUGCCGGCAUGUGCGGCGCCGACUACCUGUUCCUCAUGACCGACGUCGACGGCCUGUACGAGGACAACCCGCGGCGCGUCCCGGGCGCACGCCGGGUCGCCGUCGUGCGCGACAUCGAGGAGGUGCGGCGCCUCGUCAGCACGUCGACGCUCGGCUCGUCGCUCGGCACGGGCGGCAUGGAGACCAAGCUCAUCGCGGCCGAGCUCGCGACGGCGGCAGGGUGCGCGACCGUCAUCACGAUGGGCUCGUACCCGGCCCGCAUCGUGAGCAUCGUCCAGGCGCACCAGUCGCGCACGGCCCCGCCCUCGCCUCAAGCUCCCUCACACGCCACCCUCCCUUCCACCUCGACUUCCUCCUUCUCUUCCUCGGCAUUCGCCCUCCCGACCUCGACCGUCCCGCCGCACACCCUCUUUACCGCCAAGCCCUCGCCCCUGUCGUCUCGGCGGUUCUGGAUCCUGCACGGCCUGACGCCGCGCGGGACCGUCUACGUCGACGAGGGCGCGUUCCGCGCGAUCGCGCACGGCGAGCGCGACGCCGGGUCGGGCGGCAACGGCGGCAGGCUGCUCGCUGCGGGUGUCUUGCGCGUCGAGGGCACGUUCGCAGCGGGGCAGGCGGUGCGCGUGUGCGUCAUCCGGGGGCGGACGGGCAACUCGGAGCGGAGGAAGGCCCGAGCGGCGAGCCCGAGGCAGGUGGGCGACAGCGACGAGCUCGUCGAGGGUGUCGAGAAGCUCGAGAUGGGUACGGUGGCAGCAGACGAGGCGGUACAGGAAGGCGAGGAGGUCGUCGAGUUCGGGCGCGGGUUGACCAACUACAACUCGAUCGAGAUUGACCGGGUCAAGGGCUUGCGCAGCUCCGACAUCGAGCGGGUCCUGUCGCACUACGAUGCCGAGCACGUCGUCGAGAGCAUCGUCGAGCUGCGGCUAGCGGGCGGCAAGGGACUGUAG